GUGUAGACUUUUGUGAUUAUUAUGACAUUGAGAUAUAUAUAUAAGACUAGACUAAUACAUAAAAAUGAGUAAUAAAAGUAAUAGUUUAGGGUGUGUUGGGUUUGUAUAGACGUGAUGGCUCUCUAAUCACCUCGCCGGGUAACUGAACGAGAUGGAGGCGGUACCUCAAUACCCUAAGGCAUGCAGUUCUUUAUGCAACUGUUGCAUCAAAACCCGGUGAUAAAGACUACAAGUACAAACCGCCUAUAGUAUACAGUAUAUCUAUGAAUGUGUGUAUACAUGUAAAAUAGGCUAAUAAUGUUUAUUUGUUGCGCAUGUGCAAUUUCUUUUUACCACAACAUCAAUAAAAGUGUUUGUGUUGUAAUUCUAUAGAAGACAAUUAUAUCGUUUAAUAAUUAUGGCUACUUGUUCUGACAAUGUUGAUGCAAGUCUCAUCUUAGACACACUGAUUGAAAAAACUGGAAUAACAGAGGAGCAGCUAGAUGGCACAGUGGAAGAGGGGCACCUGCUGAAGCUGGCUGGACUGUUUGGUGGCUGGGAGAAAUACGUGGGAGUGACUGGACUUGGUCUCAAUGAGGCACAGAAAGCUGAUGUAAGGGAUGCUGUUUUCCGAGAAGGGCAUGAAAAGGGCAUGAUCAAAGCUCUGACAUUUUGGCUCAAAAGAAACCCUUACCCUAGCUAUCGCUCGCUGAUUGAGAUUUUGUUGAAACUGGAGGAGGGGCUGCUAGCUGCCAAUGUGUGCAAUACUGUUACUACGUUGACCUUUGGUUCUAAAGAAUCCAGGCCAGUCUCAGGUGAUGUCCCUACAUUGGAGCCUUUUGAGCCAACUGACAAGAGUGCUGCAGACACUACCACAUCAGUACUGCCUAUAGCAAUGCCUUCGAAUGAUGCUGCUCUCUCAGAGAAAGUGAAAUGGUUUGAGGCACAGUUUUAUAGCUUACAAGAGUUGGCACAGGUUGAGCUCACAAGGGAAGGAGUCACUGUUGAAAAUUUCCGACAAUCGUUAGCACGCCUCUCGAGUUCAAUCAAAGCCGAGCAUGAGAGCUUUCUGAAAGGAAAAUAUGCCACAUUCAAGAAAGCUGAGGCUAUUGAGGACAUAUUUUUUCACCUCAACUUCUACCUUAGUUUCAUUGACUUUAGUCUUCUCGAGCACAUUAUCAAUCACUUUGGCAGUUCCGACCUCAAGAAAAAGAUGAGCCAAUACUCAAUGGACAUGGUGCAGUUUCGCAAGACAACAACAGUGGCUGAGAUUUUCCCUCAUCUGUCCGGUCGACCAGAGCCACCACCCGAGUAUGUCAAAUUGGAGAUGGAAUUUGAUUACAAUCCACACACUUACACACUGGAGGAUUUGGAGCAAACUCGUCUCAAGCUGGGAAGAGAGUUUUCACUAUCAAAGUUGGCGCUUUUUCUUGUGAAGAUUGUAACGGGCUCAGUUGUUUUGGUCUGCAUACUGCCUGAGGGAAUGGUGUGGAGAAUUGAUGCUGAAAAGUAUAAAAAUAGCUUUUUUGAUUUAAAACUUGUGCGACUGCAUCUAAACAAUGAAUGCCUUUAUCGUAUCGAUCUGUCAAGAAAGUUUGCUCACAACAUCAACAAUGCAAUUCUGUCUACUCCUGAUUCUUGUGGACUGGCUAUCAUAACUGAUCUUAACAAUGGUGGCUCAUUGGGAUUUAAUGAUAGAUACAGCAGGCUUAGAAACAGGUUCAAGGACUGCAACUUCGCCCUUUACAACACUUUUUUUCCAGUGGACAAGUUAGAAUUAUAUGCGAUCAUAUAUGCUGUAAGCCACUAUCUCAAUCUCCCGAAUACAUCUAACUACCCGAUUCUGUUUAUGGUGAAUGGUCCAGUGAGCAAGGAUGUGAACACGUUUUUAGUAUAUGGACACAAGAUCGACAUUGGUAAAGAUAUCAUUAAGCCACUAGUAUCAUGUGAACACCUUGCCGACAAUCCCAAGAUAAUCAUCAUUGAGACCUACCCUCAGUGUAGGUCGCGAAUUCCACACAGCCAAAACUUUAUUGUCACUUUAUUCAAUUCUGAUAGCAGCGACCCUGAGUGCAAUCAAGACAUAUUUUUUAAAAUGAUUGACAUCGAAGAAAUAUUUUUGAGAUUAGAAUCGCAAAACUUCAAACGGAUGACUGUGAAGUCUCACCUCAAGCAACCAAUCUACUUUUGCCAACAUUCAUCGAUGGACAUGUCAAUGGGCUCUUUAUCAAAUUUUAAAGAUGUUGUUGAAGAUGUUGUUGGUGACGUUAACGAUUUGAUUAAGUCGACUCAAAACCCUAAAGGUUUGGCUAUCAUUAUUGCCCUUAAGGAUCAUCUCAGAGCUACCAAUACCAAAAUGCUUACUGGCAUAUUUUCGAAACUGGAUUAUGUAGCCAAAAGUUACUCUAAUCUUGAAGACGUCGUGUCUACAGUUACAUACCACACAGAGUUGUCAGACCAUCCGAUAGUGUUUGCAAUUAGUGGACAAGUAGCUGGAGAUGACCCAAACCAUUUGCUUUAUAAAGGAAGUCGUAUCGACAUCUACUAUGCUAUUCUCAAGCCGCUUUGCAUUCCUUAUCUUUCUAAGCACCCAAAGAUAUUCCUUAUCAUGGCCUAUACUGAUACUGAAACCUCGCUGGACCUAUCGCACCUGAGGGUUCCAUUCAUAGGAAACUUCAUUUUUGCUUAUAUCCAUUCUAAAACGAUACAGAUAUCUUCUGAGACUACUGAGAUUUUACAGCAUGCACUCCAGAAUACCAAAGCAUCUAUUGAUGAAGUACUAGAUGAUGUUCGACGUAACAUCCCGGGCCACUGUUCAAUGAAGGUGAUCUCUCGCCUCGACAAGCCAGUGUAUAUCCAUGACAACCCAGUAGAUCUUCAUCGUGGCAUUGGUGACGCUACUGGAACUGACUCAGUUGGGACAAGUUAGCUACUGUAUAUAAAUUAUGGAAAGGACAUAAGUGAACAAAUGUAGGUUUUUUAAUUAUUAUGUUCAUCAUGCUUUCUUAAUUAAAUGCUAA